AUGGGUCCCCAGCCUGGAACCGGGGCAGCCGCUCUCCUGGAACCUGCUGCUCAGGUCGGGCGGCCCCUCUGCCGGGCAGAGAAGGGACCCCCCACACACCGGGCACUGCAGCCAGGACCCGACUGGGGGCUGAGGAACCCCAGGCUGGCCCCGACCCGGAAGACAGAAGGCUCGGGGCCGUGCCGGGGAUCUGGGCAGACGGGGCUCGGGGUCCGAGGCUGCUCUUUCCUCUCCCGGCCUGACCCCAGCAGGGGCGCCUUGCCCAGAUCCCCCAGGGCCCACCCGGAGCCCAGCUCCACCCACGGCAGGAUGCCCUCCCACCAGCGGCCACAGGCCUGGGCCUCCCUGCGGAAGACGGCGGUCGCCUUGUGCCUGCUGUGCAGCACGUCCCUGUCCCCCGCGCGGGGCCAGGCCAGGAUUCCUCCGGAAACGGUGAAGCUGUGGGCGGACACCUUCGGCGGGGACCUGUAUGACACUGUCACCAAGUACUCGGGCUCCCUCCUGCUGCAGAAGAAAUACAAGGACGUGGAGCCCAGUCUGAAGAUCAAGGAGGUGGAUGGCUUGGCACUGGUGAAGAAGUUCUCGGAGGCCAUGGAGACCAUGCUCCGCAGGAAAGUGGCGGCCGUCCAGAAUCUGGUCGAGGCUGCCGAGGAGGCCGACCUGAACCACAAAUUCAACGAAUCCCUGGUGUUUGACUAUUACAACGCUGCCCUCGUCAACGAGAAGGACGCGAGCGGCGCCCCCGUGGAGCUGGGGGCCGAGUUCGUGCUGGCGGCCAACGCGCACUUCGGCAACCUGCCGGUGAACACGUCUCUGAGCAGCGUGCAGCUGCACGCCAACGUCUACAACAAAGACCCGGAUAUUCUGAACGGAAUCUACAUGUCCGAAGCCUUGAACCCUGUCUUUGUGGAGAACUUCCGGAGAGACCCGACGCUGACCUGGCAGUACUUCGGCAGCUCGACGGGGUUCUUCCGCAUCUACCCAGGCAUCAAAUGGACUCCUGAUGAGAACGGAGUCAUCACCUUCGACUGCCGGAACCGCGGCUGGUACAUACAGGCCGCCACGUCCCCGAAGGACAUGGUGAUCGUGGUGGACGCAAGCGGCAGCAUGAAGGGGCUGCGGCUGGCCAUCGCCAAGCACGCGGUCUCCACCAUCCUGGACACGCUGGGGGAAAACGACUUCGUGAACGUCAUCUGGUACAACGACUACGUCCACUACGUCGAGCCUUGUUUUAAAGGGAUCCUGGUCCAGGCGGAUCGGGACAACCGAGAGCACUUCAAACAGCUGGUGGACGGGCUGAUGGUCAAAGGCGUGGGGGCUGUGGGCCGAGCCCUCAGCGAGGCCUUCCAGAUCCUGCAGCAGUUCCAAGAGGCCGGGCAAGGAAGCCUGUGCCACCAGGCCAUCAUGCUGAUCACCGACGGGGCCGUGGAGGACUACGAGCCAGUGCUGGAGAAAUACAACUGGCCGCACCGCAAGGUCCGGGUCUUCACUUACCUGAUCGGGAAGGAAGUCAGUUUUGCUGACCACUUGAAAUGGAUCGCGUGCAACAACAAAGGCUACUACGCGCAGAUCUCCACCCUGGCGGACGCCCAGGAGAGCGUGAUGGAGUACCUGCACGUGCUCAGCCGGCCCAAGGUCAUCAACCACGAGCACGGCCUCACCUGGACGGAAGCCUACACGGACAGCAAGACGCAGAGCCUGGCACUGCUGACCACCGUGGCCAUGCCUGUCUUCAGCAAGAAGAACGAGACGCGAUCCCACGGCAUCCUCCUGGGUGUGGUGGGCUCUGACGUGGCCCUGAGAGAGCUGAUGAAGCUGGCGCCCCAGUACAAGCUCGGGGUGCACGGCUAUGCCUUUUUGAACACUAACAAUGGCUACAUCCUCUCACAUCCUGACCUUCGACCCCUGUACAGAGACGAGAAGAAACUGAAGCCCAAGCCCAACUACAACAGCGUGGACCUCUCGGAAGUGGAGCAGGGGGAGCUGGCCGCAACCCUGAGAACAGCCAUGAUCAACAGGGAGACGGGGUCUCUCUCCAUGGACGUGAAGGUUCCGCUGGACAGAGGGAAGCGAGUUCUUUUCCUGACCAACGACUACUUCUUCACAGACAUCAGUGACACGCCUUUCAGUCUGGGAGUGGUGCUGUCCCGCGGCCACGGCGAGUACGUCCUCCUGGGGAGCACGUCUGUGGAAGAAGGCCUGCACGACCUGCUUCACCCGGACCUGAGCCUGGCCAGCGACUGGAUCUACUGCGUCACGGACAUCGACCCCGAGCACCGCAAGCUGAGCCAGCUGGAGGCCGUGGUCCGCUUCCUGACCAGGCAGGACCCAGCCCUGGAGUGUGACGAGGAACUAUUGCAGGAGCUGCUGUUUGACGCGGUGGUGACGGCCCCCAUGGAGGCGCACUGGACGGCACUGUCCCUCAACACCUCUGAUGAGUCCCAGCGUGUGGUGGACAUGGCCUUCCUGGGCACCCGGGCCGGCCUCGUCAGAAGCAGCCUGUUCGUGGGCUCCGAGAAGGUCUCUGACAAGAGGCUCCUGACGCCGGCGGACGAGGCCAGCAGCUUCGCCCUGGACCGCUUCCCUCUGUGGUACCGCCAGGCCGCCGAACAGCCUGCAGGCAGCAUGGUCUUCAACCUCUACUCGGCAGGGGGACCAGAAAAUGCAGGCAAGCCGACGGUGGUGACCGUGAGCACAGCCGUAGCCGUGACCGUGGACAACAGGACGGCCGUCGCCGCAGCCGUAGGCGUGCAGAUGAGGAUGGAGUUCCUGCAGCGGACGUUCUGGGCGGCCACCCGGCAGUGCGGCGCUGCGGAGGGUCCGUGCCCGGAGAGCUGCCAGGACAGCGACCUGGACUGCUUCGUCAUCGACAACAACGGAUUCAUCCUGAUCUCGGAGAGGCCCCAGGAGGUGGGACGAUUCCUGGGGGAGGUGGACGGCGCCCUCAUGACCCAGCUGCUCAGCGUGGGGGUGUUCAGCCGAGUGACCUUGUACGACUACCAGGCCAUGUGCAAACCUCCGACCCACCACCACAGCGCCUCCCAGCCCCUGGUCAGCCCCAUCUCUGCCCUCCUGACUGCUGCCAGGUGGCUGGUGAACGAGCUCUUGCUGCUCCUGCUGGAGUGGAGCACCUGGGGCUCCUGGCGUGGGGACAGCGGGGCCGAGGCCAGGACCGUCUUCCAUCACUCCCACAAGCACAAGAAGCAGGCCGUGCUGCAGCCCUGCGACACCACCUACCCCGUGUUCGUGCACCAGACGGCCAUCCGGGGGGCCGACGGCGCCGUGGAGUGCGGGGGCUGCCAGAAGGCAUUUGUGAUACAACAGAUCCCCUCCAGCAACCUCCUCCUCCUGGUGACGGACCCCGCCUGUGACUGCAGCAUCUUCCCGCCCGUCCUGCAGGAGGCUACGGAAGUCAAAUAUAACGCCACAGUCAAGUGUGACAAGAUGCGCUCCCAGAAGCUCCGCCGGCGACCGGAUGCCUGCCACGCCUUCCACCCAGAGGAGAACGCCCAGGACUGCGGCGGCACCUCGGACGCCUCAGCCUCGCUCCCCCUGCACCUGCUGCCCCUGGGUGCCUGGGCACUGCUGCCCCAGCUGCUGCAGUGA